AACUGUCACCAAGGAGAAGGGAGAGAGAGAGCGGACAGAGAGAAGCAACUCCCGGCUGCCUUUCCACCUCUGAAAGAGCUCAGUCACCAUGAAUGUAAGUGAAUUCCGGAGGAGAGGGAAAGAAAUGGUGGAUUACGUGGCUGACUACUUGGAAGGCAUCGAGGGGCGCCCCGUCUACCCUAAUGUGGAGCCUGGCUACCUGCGGCCCCUGAUCCCUACUGAGGCUCCCCAGGAGCCAGAAGCAUUUGAGGACGUUAUCAAUGACAUUGAAAAGAUAAUCAUGCCAGGGGUGACCCACUGGCACAGCCCCUAUUUCUUCGCCUACUUCCCCACGGCCAGCUCGUACCCAUCCAUGCUCGCAGACAUGCUGUGUGGAGCCGUCGGCUGCAUAGGCUUCUCUUGGGCAGCGAGUCCAGCAUGCACAGAACUGGAGACAGUGAUGAUGGACUGGCUUGGAAAGAUGCUGCAGCUGCCAGAGGAGUUUUUGGCUGGAAAAGCUGGAGAAGGGGGAGGAGUGAUCCAGGGGAGUGCCAGUGAAGCCACCCUGGUUGCCCUGCUGGCUGCUAGGACAAAAGUGACCCGGCGGCUCCAGGCAGCAUCUCCAGAGUUGUCGCAGGCCGCCAUCAUGGAAAAGCUGGUGGCCUACUUCUCUGAUCAGGCACACUCCUCUGUGGAAAGAGCUGGAUUAAUUGGUGGAGUGCAAAUGAAAGCAAUCCCUUCUGAUGGCAAAUUUGCCAUGCGUGCUUCUGCCCUGCAGGAGGCCCUGGAACAAGACAAGGCAGCUGGCCUGAUCCCAUUCUUUGUGGUUGCUACUCUGGGGACCACGUCUUGCUGCUCUUUUGACAAUCUAUUAGAAGUCGGCCCUAUCUGCAAGAAGGAGGACAUGUGGCUACACAUUGAUGCUGCAUACGCAGGCAGUGCCUUCAUCUGCCCUGAGUUCCGGCAUCUUCUGAACGGAGUGGAGUUUGCAGAUUCAUUUAAUUUUAAUCCCCACAAGUGGCUUUUGGUGAAUUUUGACUGCUCCGCCAUGUGGGUGAAAAAGAGAACAGACUUAACAGGAGCCUUUAAACUGGACCCUGUUUACUUGAAGCACAGCCAUCAGGAUUCAGGGCUUAUCACUGACUACAGGCACUGGCAGAUCCCACUGGGUCGAAGAUUCCGCUCUUUGAAAUUGUGGUUUGUCUUUAGAAUGUAUGGAGUUAAAGGACUGCAGGCUCAUAUCCGGAAGCACGUCCAGCUGGCUCAAAAGUUUGAGUCUUUGGUGCGCCAGGAUUCCCGCUUUGAGAUCUGUGCAGAAGUCACUCUGGGGCUAGUCUGCUUCCGGCUAAAGGGUUCCAACCAACUGAAUGAAGCUCUUCUGCAAAGAAUAAACAAUGCCAAAAAAAUCCACUUGGUUCCGUGUCACCUCCGAGACAAGUUCGUGCUGCGUUUUGCCAUCUGCUCUAGCAUGGUGGAAUCUGCCCACGUGCAAUUUGCCUGGGAGCACAUCAGAGAGCUGGGGGAAGACGUGCUGAGAGCAGAGAAGGAGUGAAAGUGAAGCCCGCUGCAGAGAUGAAAAGUUGAAAGGACAUAUAUCUGAAAACUGAAA